UUAGUCCAAUCCAAUUCCCCAAACCAACCGGACAUCACUCUUCGUGUUCCCAUCUCCACCAUUUCCAUGGCCAAGCACUAGCCCCUCACCACGCUACUUCUCUCUCUUUCUGUUUUCAUGAUAACAUAGUCUUUUUUUUUCAUCUGGGUUUUUAGUUUUGUUCUUUGAGGGUUUUUUUCUGUUAUGGGGAAUUGCUUGUGUAAGUGGGAGCCUUCCAUUUACAGAGUUUCAUCAAAUCCAAAAUCAGAUUCAUCGAAAGAGCAACCGAAAGUAAAGAGGGAAGACAGUAAGCUACCGUCGAAUCCGGAAGAAGUAGAAGACCUCCGUGGCGGCGAUUCGGCGGCGAAUCCAUUGAUAGCAUUCACAUUCGAAGAGUUGAAGCUCAUCACCGCGAAUUUCAGGCAAGACCGGCUAUUGGGUGGAGGAGGUUUCGGGAACGUUUAUAAAGGCUUCAUUACGGAGGACUUGAGGGAAGGUCUUCAGAUUCAGUCUCUUCCGGUUGCUGUGAAAGUUCAUGACGGAGACAAUAGUUAUCAAGGUCAUCGGGAAUGGCUGGCAGAGGUGAUAUUUCUGGGGCAGCUUUCGCAUCCGAAUUUGGUGAAAUUAAUUGGAUACUGCUGUGAAGACGAUCAUCGGGUUCUUAUAUACGAGUACAUGUCUCGUGGUAGCGUCGAAAACAACCUAUUCUCAAGGGUAUUACUUCCUCUACCGUGGUCAACUAGAAUGAAGAUCGCAUUGGGUGCUGCAAAAGGACUGGCCUUCCUGCAUGAAGCAGACAAGCCCGUCAUCUACCGCGAUUUCAAGACUUCUAAUAUUCUACUCGACCAGGAUUACAAUGCAAAGCUCUCUGAUUUUGGCCUAGCCAAAGAUGGACCCGAGGGAGACAAGUCUCACGUUUCCACUCGCAUAAUGGGCACAUAUGGCUAUGCAGCUCCUGAGUACAUCAUGACCGGUCAUUUGAGCCCUCGUAGUGAUGUGUACAGCUUCGGAGUCGUCCUUCUUGAGCUUCUCACCGGAAGGAAAUCGCUUGACAAAUCACGGCCGGCUCGCGAACAAAACCUCACGGAUUGGGCUCUUCCUCUACUCAAAGAGAAGAAGAAGUUGGACAACAUAGUAGACCCCAGGUUACAAGGAGAUUUCCCCGUCAAAGCCUUCCAUAAAGCAGCCAUGCUAGCUUAUCACUGCCUUAACCGCAACCCGAAAGCGAGGCCUCUCAUGCGAGACAUAGUCGAUUCCUUGGACCCUCUUCAGCUUUCUCCUCAUCCACGUCCGUCAGAAAAAACCGUAAUCACCGUCUCCACCGAGGUACCGGAUCAGUUGAAUGUUAAGACUUUUACAGAAUUUGGUGCUCCUCUAUAAUAACCUUUUUGUUCCAACAUACACAUACAUAAUAUGUAUAUGUAUAUAUGUAUGCAUGUGGAGGCUGGUGAUUAUUCAUUUGUUGCUGACAUGGGUGAAUGUAGUGAGCAUAUUG